ACAUUAGUGUGAUAGUGUGUGUUAGUGGUGCGGUAAAGGGGUCGAGUUGCCGGUCUCGCGCACGCUGCGUGCAUUUGUUAGUGCUGCGCGAAGAGCGCGUGUAGUUCGUGGUAUUAGAGGUGACUUGAAGUGUCACACACGAGACUACAUUACAACCAGCUGCAAAAUGUCAAAUCGAGCAUGGGUUACAUUAGCCACAAACGACUCUUAUGGCUUAGGAGCUCUGGUGCUGGCGCAUUCCUUGCGUCGCGUCGGCUCCGCUUACCCAAGCGUUGUCCUCAUCACACCCUCCGUCACUGAACCUAUGAGAGAUCGCCUUCGCGCAGUGUUCGCUGAAGUUGUGACAGUCGAUGUUCUGGAUUCCCGCGAUGCCACCCACUUGGCCUUACUGCAGCGACCAGAGCUGGGCAUCACCUUUACAAAGAUCCAUUGCUGGGGUCUCACGCAGUAUGAAAAGUGCGUCUUCCUUGACGCCGAUACUCUGAUAGUCCAAAACUGCGAUGAGUUGUUCGAACGAGAGGAGCUGUCAGCGGCGCCCGACGUUGGCUGGCCAGACUGCUUCAACUCUGGCGUCUUCGUAUACAAACCCUCGGCAGAAACAUUCGACAAACUCAUCAAAUUCGCUCAAGAACGGGGCAGUUUUGAUGGUGGUGACCAAGGUCUGCUGAAUUCCUUCUUCUCUGACUGGGCUCGGGGCGACAUCAACAAACAUCUUCCUUUUCUGUACAACGUCACAUCUGCCGCUUUUUACUCCUAUCUGCCCGCUCUAAAACACUAUGGGCAGAAUCUCAAGAUUAUUCACUUCAUUGGCGCUGCUAAGCCAUGGCUUCAACAGUUUAACUUUCAAUCUCGCACAGUAGAUGCCCCUGAUCAUUUGCGGGAGUUCCUACAGCUGUGGUGGGACAUCUUCGUGUCCAAUGUUCAUUCUCAACUCGACGAGACGAUGGUUGAGGUGGAGGAAGCCCCCCAACGACCCCCAGCGUUACCUCCACAAGACGUCUGCACGCACUAUGAACCUAAGAUGGACCCAGAAUCGGAAUUCCCAUGGCAUCAUCCUGGUGCUCAAGAAGAGGAACAAGCUCAUGCACUGAAAUUAGAUUUGACCGAAUUUCAUGAUCCCUGGAACAUUUACAGAGGACAUAUCCCUCCCAAUAAAGAUGACACAUCAAAUGUUUAUAAUGAAUUCCAAAGAGUGGACGAUCAUGAAGAAAUUAGAAAAUAUGCAUGGGAAUAUAAAUCAGACAACAACGCUCAACCAGUUGCUGAAUCGUAUUCCCACAACUCGUGUGUACUUUAUACGCCGGAAGAAACAUUUAAUAGGCAGGAACGAAACGAGAACGAAAGCCAACAUAACCACCAUAAUCAACCCAACCACCAGCAUCAAACAGAACACUGGCUUCAAGAGCAUUAUCACUAUCACGACUAUUCUAAAUCACAUUCUCACGAACACGACAGCUUCCAUCACGGACAAACGCAAUAUUCUCAUGAUUUUCACCACGUUCAAUCUAGUCACUCACAACACGAUCAAAGCAACUACUCGCACGAUAAUUCUAGUCACUAUCAGCAUAAAUUUAAUUCUAGUCAUAAUCAACAUAAUUUUGAACAAACUUAUUCAGAUUUUCAUAAUUUUCACAAGUACGACGAAGACUCACAGCUGAGAUCUGAGGCCAGUCAUCUUUCGCCAGAAGAGAAUCAAGUACAAAAUAUUGAGAUACAGCAAAAUGGACAAAUAGAUCUAAGAGUAACAAGAAUACAACGAGUUGAUUUGGCUUUCAAAGUUAAUGGAACCAAUGGAAAUGUGGCUGAAGAUAGUGACAAUUAUGAGGAUAUUAUACCAAGGCACCCGUACGAUGGCUUCUACUUAAGGCACCGAGCAACUAUAGAUGCUUAUGGAAGAAAAGUUUGUUCGCAUGAAAUACCCCCUACACCAUCACCUUCACCACCCUCCCUGGUCUCUGUUUCUCCAAUAUUAAAUGACAUUGAACCCUUGAUUGAAGAAAAUGGCCAUGGAUUUGAAAAUAAAGACCAAAGUGGAGUUGCUGGCAACCUAGCUCGAGUUGUAGCUGGUGUUGGAGCUCCACGGGAGGCUUUGGACGAAUUGUCGCGUCGGCAAGGAUGGGAAGCUGGCAAUAUUGACUACAUGGGAGCAGAUUCCUUUGAUAAUAUUUGGGCUAAAAUUUCCCAGACACUGAACCAAACUCGCAUUUCACCGCCUAAACAACCAUCUCCACCUAAAGAGCCUUCACCUCCAAAAGAACAACCGGCACCGGUUGAAGCAGUGCAAGAAGCAGUAACAACAGAAGCGGCUGUACCUGCGCAAAUAUCUGUGCCUAAACAACCAUCUCCAACUAAAGAGCCUUCACCUCCAAAAGGACAGCCGGCGCCGGUUGAAGUAGUGCAAGAAGCAGCAUUAACAGAAGCGGCUGCACCUGCGCCAGUAUCUGUGCCUACAUCGACACUGGCGCCUACGUCUGCGCCUAUAUCUGCACCCAUAGUGGCGCCUACAUCUGCGCCUGCGCCUGCGCUUGCACCUGAGCCUGCACCUGCGCCUGCACCUGCGCCUGCACCUGCGCCUGCACCUGCGCCUGCACCAGCGUCUACACCCGUGCCCACACCCGCUCCUACACCCGCGGAGCCCACAUCAGCGCCUGUAUCUGCGCCUACACCUGCGCCUGCAAUUACGGCAGCACCGGUACCUGUGGAAACACCAGCUGCUCCAAUAGCUGCAGAGGUUCCCACAGUACCUGAAGUUCCGUUAUCAGGUGAGGCCACAGCGCCAACCGAAGUUACGACAGAAGUGCCGGUAUCAACUGAAGUACCAGCUCAAUCAUCAGUUGCGCCUGAGGUACCCCAAGUUCCUGAAGCCGAUGCAGCACAACAAAUUGUUGUUCCUACUACUGUGGAAAAAUUACCUAUCGAUACUGUUGCGACUGAAAUUCCGACUACUGUCGAAACUCCUGUAGGUACGGAAGUUAAUGUAGAAUCCCCUGCGGUUGUCGAAUCAAAAACUGAGGGAUCUGCAGUACCGCCCACUCCUCCCGCGACGCCUAAAACACCUGAAGCGUCCACACCCGAAUCAGUGGCUGAAGUGGCCCAAGAAGCAGUGCCGGUGACUGUUGAACCGCCCAAAUCUGCUCCGGAACCUAAAACGCUCGAUGCUACACCAGAGAAAUCCGAAGCACUUACAGUUACCGACAGUCCACCACUGGCUAAUACACCAUCCAAAGAAGACACACCUUCACUACCUGCUGCUAAAUCGGAGGAGCGACGGAAGCCGGCGGAAAAGCUGCAGCUGCGGCCGCCCACGAGCACGGACCCGCUGCCCACGCCCGACUCCGAGCUGGAGGACGCCGCUGCUCUCGCCCACGCCAUCAUCGCCAGCGAGCUGCAGCCCGCCACCCCCGUCCCCACUCCGCCCACCCCGCCCGCGCCGCAGCCAGACAGACUCGCCGUCGCUGACCCAGAGGUGCCCACUCCACCCGUCGGCGCCGUAUCCCUAGCGCAAGUAGGUGUCAAACCCAAAGGUAAAUCCACCAUCGCCUCACAGAUCGAGUCCUCUGUGACCGAGCAGGACCCGGACUCGCCUACGACGCCGACGACGCCUACGACGCCUACGACGCCGACGACGUCCACUGAUAAGCCGGCCGAUGCGCCUAAAAAAAAAGUCAUAAAAAAAGUUAAGUCGAAGGAAGGCGCGAGCGGCGAUGCGCCCGUGCCGCCGCCGCGGAAGAAAGAAAAGAAGCCCAAAGAAAAGUGAGCGGUCGCGUUUCAUAGUUCCUCUGUGCCAUAAUUAUAGCCUUUUGUAUUGUUAAUGUCUAUAUAAUUUCGAAUAUGCUUUUAUGUACUGUAAUCUUUAUAUUUUAUGUUAACAUUAUUUUUAUAACUUAUCAUCGCGUCCAACGUAUUUUUGUUUGAAAUUUUAUACUCUCUUUAGGUUACGACUAUUUAAACUUAUGUAUUAACAGACACUACCAAUUUGGUUUUAAACUAUGAAAAUUAUUUUACCAAAGGAUGAGAAAUAUUUAUUAAAACACUUUUUAUGUAAUUUUGUAAUAAAAGUCUAUUUUGGUAUAUUUUA